CAUGUUUAGUUAGAUAAGUUGAUAAAAAUAAAUCGUGUAGUGAGUGUUUAUAAAAGGACAAGUGAAGGUGAAUAAAAGAAAAUUUGAAAACGAGUCAUCAAAAUAAUGCUCCACCAGUUCCGUCCCACAAUAGGAGUCAUAUUUAGUGUGGACACGGAUUUUAAGAAAUGUAAAGAAUAAUGGGUUAGAAAAGUUAGUGGCAUAUGUGGUCCACUUUUUUAUAUUGAUAUAUAAUAGAAUGUGAGUGAAGUGAGUUAGUGGAAUGUGAGACCUACUUACCAUUUAUGCAAAAAGUGAAAUACGACUCUUAUUGUGGGAUGGGAGGAGUAGGAAAGGGGUGAACCGAAGUUGGAAAAAAGGAAAGAAAAAAGAAGGGGAAAAGUUUAAAGAAUAUAGAAAAGUUUGGAAUAUAGAAAAGUUUAAAGAAUACAUAAAAGCAACCGAAUACAGAAAAGUUUAGAGAAUAUAGAAAAGUUUAAAGAAUAUAGAGUAGUAGCAUUAAGUUUGUGUUAGUAGCUCUCUUCUCUCUAUCUUCCGAAGUCCAAAACCGAAACCUCCCACAGCGAUUCGCGAUUGAGCCAACUUGGAAAAUAUUUAAAUUAGGUAUGAGCUUGUUUAUUGCGUAUUAGACUUUUUUGUUUUUCUUCAUUUGCCUACAGUCUUAAAGUUAUCGACGGAAUUUUCCUUUAGUCAGAAAUAUUACAAGCAGGUAGCUAUGUGAUGAUGGGCGUCAUGCUUCCAGAUUGCAUUGCUAUUCAAGAAACUUAUGAUACUAGUAGAUGUUAUUUAUACUACAACGAAAAAGAAAGGUUAGUAUAUGCUGGGGAGCAGAGUGUGUUUAGCACGCUCGUGAAGAUAGAAGUGGAACGAGCAACAAGAAACCCCAACUACGUUCACCUCCGAUUUAGUAAUUUCAACAGGUAUUGGUCGAAGAGGGAGAACAGCAACGUCGUCGUUGCUGAAUCAAAGCAGCCCGUGGAAGACAUAAAGGAUCCUUCAUGCACGUUGUUCCAGCCGGUUCAGGCACCUGGUCGGGAGGCAGGUUUGUUUUCAUUGAAUCACGUUCCGACCGGUCAGCGUGUGUCGGUAGCUUUCAGGACCUGGGACGUUUACGUGAGGGAAAACCCCCCAGAUUGCGUCAGUAUACUAACUUAUGUGGAUUGGAGUACAUUGGUGAAACUGCCUGCCCGUGUGGCUUUCAAAGGAGAUAACGGCAGGUACCUCAGAGGAAUAUCCAAGGAUGGGAACAACUACAUGCAGUUCUCAUCAAAUGAUCCUAAUGACUGGUCAUCCGGCCACAAGGUGUAUCUCAUGCCCAACGGAUAUGUCCGGAUAACAUCGGAUCACUGGAGGGGCCAGUUUUGGAGGCGCAGUCCUAGCUGGAUAUGGGCCGAUUCCGAUCAGUCUUCCAUCAACAAUCGCGACACUCUCUUCUGGCCGGUCAAAGUAGACGACAACAACACAAUUGCACUCCGCAAUGCGGGCAACAACCAAUACUGCUCUCGUCUCUCCUCCAGAUGGAAGCGCGACAUGUUAACUGCGGGCGCCCAGAACAUCACCAAGGAAGCAAGACUGGUGGUGCAAGAGCUCGUGUCCAAAAGAAACAUCUGCAACGUCAGAUAUCAGAUGCAGGAUGCUAGGAUAUACGACGAGCUGCCUUACGUGGCGGGCACAUCCAUUGUCACUAACACCGGCAGACAGGAGGCUACUAUGGCUGUUCAGGUUACGUAUCAAGACCAGAAAUCUUAUACUUUUAGCCGUAGCUUUUCUUUAACAGCCGGGGUGGAAGCCACCAUCAAAGCUGGCGUGCCCUUUAUUGCGGAAGGAGCGAUCAAAGUCUCUUUUAAUAUAAACGCCGCCCUCCAGUGGGCAGAGACCACCACCACCACCACAUCAGUUAUGGCUUCGAAUUCGGUUCCUGUACCUGCGAGGAGUACCGCUACGAUACAAUAUGUCGGGACGAAGGGCACCUGCGAUGUUCCUUAUUCCUACACACAGCAAGACAAGAGCUCCGCCAAUGGCAGUGUUUCUUACACUGAGCAGGCUGAUGGUAUUUACAAAGGCACCAGUUGUUACAACUUCCGCUUUGUUAUCAAAUCCACUCAGCGCCUUGACUGAGCAUCCCAUGCCGAUUUUCCCAAUCAUCAAUAACGUAAUGAAGUUGAUUUCUUA